AUGAUCUGCGGCUGGAGGAAGAAAUCCCGGCCGGAGCAGCCCCCGCAGGACGGCGGCGGCGGCACCAGGCGCCCGGACAGAGCCUUAAAGAAAAUGGGCCUGACAGAUGAUGAGGACAUCAAGGUGAUGCUGAAGGGCUCCUUUCUCUGGAAGAUCAAGUCACGCAGACGGAAGAAGGAGCGGUUCUACCGCUUGCAGGAGGACGGCUUGACCAUCUUGUCUGAGCGCUGCUUUAAACGGGCUCGCUCCAAGCAGAUCUUCUCCAUCACGCACAUGGAAGCCGUGCGGGAGGGCUGCCAGUCCGAGGGCCUCCGCAAGCACGGCCGCUCCUUCCCGGAGACGCAGUGCCUCACCAUCGUCUUCAAGGGCCGGCGGAAGAACCUGGACCUGGCUGCCCAGAGUGAGGAGGAGGCGAAGAGGUGGGCCCGGGGGCUGAAAAAGCUGAUGGCCAAGGUGGAAGCCAUGAGCCAGCGAGAGAAGCUUGAUCACUGGAUCCAUGACAUCCUGCACCGAGCCGACAAGAACAAGGACAACAAGAUGUCCUUCAAGGAGAUCAAGGACAUGCUGAAGAUGAUCAAUAUUGACAUGAACGACAUCUACGCCUACCAGCUCUUCCAGGAGUGCGACAAGUCCAGCAACGACCGGCUGGAGGAGCACGAGAUCGAGGAGUUCUGCACCCUGCUGAUGAAGCGGCCCGAGCUGGAGGAGCUGUUCCACCGCUACUCGGGGCAGGACCUCGUGCUGUCGGCCAAGGAGCUGGGGGCCUUCCUGCAGGACCAGGGCGAGGCGGCCGACCUGGUGCACGCCCACCGGAUCAUCCAGACCUAUGAGCUCAGCGAGAAAGCCAAGCAGCACGACCGCAUGAUGCUGGAUGGGUUCAUGAUGUACCUGCUGUCUGCGGCUGGUGACAUCCUGAACCAGGAGCACACCAACGUCUACCAGGACAUGAGCCAGCCCCUCUGCCAUUACUUCAUCUCCACCUCCCACAACACCUACCUGACCGACAAUCAGAUCGGGGGGGCCAGCAGCACAGAAGCCUACAUCAGGGCGUUCAUGGAGGGCUGCCGCUGCGUGGAGCUGGACUGCUGGGAGGGCUCCAACGGGGAGCCCAUCAUCUACCAUGGCCACACCCUGACCUCCAAGAUCCUCUUCAGGGACGUCAUCGAGAUCAUCCGGGACUACGCCUUCAAGCACUCCUCGUACCCUGUGAUCCUGUCCCUGGAGAAUCACUGCGGGCCGGAGCAGCAGGUGACCAUGGUUCGGCACAUGAAGGCCAUCUUGGGGGACAUGCUGCUGACCCAGACGCUGGAUGGGCAGGUCCCCAAGGAGCUCCCGUCACCAGAGCAACUGAAAGGGAAGAUCCUGGUGAAAGGGAAGAAGCUGCCAGACCUGGUGUGUGACCCCGAAAACAUGAGCUUCCUCUCCGACAACCCCGAGGAGGAGGAGGAGGAGGAGGAGGAGGAAGAGGAGAGGGUGCUGCGGAGAGAGCACAGGAGGUCGUCCCAUUCGCUGCAGGAGAUCAGGCCUCCCCGGCAGGCGAAGGACGCUGCGCAGCUCUCCCAGGAGCUCUCCGACCUGGUGGUGUACUGCCAGGCCGUCCCCUUCCAGAGCCUGGAGCAGGCCCUCAGGAGCCAGCAGCCCGGUCAGAUGUCCUCCUUCAGCGAGAGGAAGGCCAGGAAGCUCAUCAAGGAGUCAGGGAACAGCCUGGUCCGGUACAAUGCCCGGCACCUGAGCCGCAUCUACCCCUUGGGGCUGAAGAUGAACUCUUCAAACUACAACCCCCAGGAGAUGUGGAACGCCGGCUGCCAGCUAGUGGCUCUCAACUUCCAGACCCCCGGCUGGGAGAUGGAUCUGAACCAUGGGCGGUUCCUGGUGAAUGGGCGCUGUGGCUACGUGCUGAAGCCCAACUUCCUGCGGAACCGCCAGGCCUCCUUCGACCCCGAGAGUGGGCAAGGGCCCGGCCCCAGAGCCACCCUGCUGCUGGUCAAGGUGAUCACGGCCCAGCAGCUCCCCAAGUUGAACAACAAGAAGAACUCCAUCGUGGACCCCUUCGUGCGCGUGGAGAUCCACGGCGUGCGAGCCGACUGCAGCAGUAAACAGACCGAGUACAAGCUCAACAACGGCUUCAAUCCACGCUGGGAGGAGACUCUGAGCUUCCAGCUGCGGGUGCCGGAGCUGGCCCUGGUGCGCUUCGUGGUGGAAGAUUACGACACCACCUCCUGCAACGACUUCGUGGGGCAGUUCACCCUGCCCUUCACCAGCCUGAGGGAAGGGUAUCGUCACAUCCACCUGCUCUCCAGGGACGGGGCAUCCCUGGCGCCAGCCACUCUCUUCGUGCACAUUAAAUCCAAGAAGAUGUGA